GGCGCCGAGCCCCCUGUGCGCGGUACAUGGUGCGCUGGUCCGAGGCGGCGGCAGCGGGCGGCGGCGCUUCAGCCUUGCGCUCGGCCGGACCCCCACCCACUCCCCUGCCCCUGCCGGGCACGACCCCCGGGUGCGAGGCCCUCAUGGCGUCCAGCGACGAGGACGGCACCAACGGUGGUGCCCCGGAGGCCGGCGAGGAGAAGGAGGCCACGGGCAAGAGGAGGCGCCUGGGCGUCUUGGCCACAGCUUGGCUCACCUUCUACAACAUCGCCAUGACCGCCGGGUGGUUGGUUCUUGCUAUUGCCAUGGUCCGCUUUUAUAUGGAAAAAGGAACACACAGAGGUUUAUAUAAAAGUAUUCAGAAGACACUUAAGUUUUUCCAAACCUUUGCCUUGCUUGAGAUAGCCCACUGUUUAAUUGGUAUUGUUCCUACUUCUGUGCUUGUGACUGGGGUCCAAGUAAGUUCAAGAAUCUUCAUGGUGUGGCUCAUCACUCACAGUAUAAAACCGAUCCAGAAUGAAGAGAGCGUGGUGCUUUUCCUGGUCUCCUGGACUGUGACUGAGAUAACCCGCUAUUCCUUCUACACAUUCAGUCUCCUUGACCACUUGCCAUACUUCAUUAAAUGGGCCAGAUAUAACUUUUUUAUCAUCUUAUAUCCUGUUGGAGUUGCUGGUGAACUUCUUACAAUCUAUGCUGCCUUGCCCUAUGUGAAAAAAUCAGGAAUGUUUUCGAUAAGACUUCCUAACAAAUACAACGUCUCUUUUGACUAUUAUUAUUUCCUUCUUAUAACCAUGGCCUCAUAUAUACCAUUGUUUCCACAACUCUAUUUUCAUAUGUUACGCCAAAGAAGGAAGGUGCUUCUUGGAGAGGUGUUUGUAGAAAAGGAUGAUUAACCGAUCCCUACACACACAGUGCGGUGCUUUUUUUCCACAAUAACCAGAUUACUUGAGUCCAACUUUUAAUAACAAGAAUAAACAAUUUCAUGAAAUA